AUGAAGAUGAAGAUUAUUCCACUGUCGCUAUUGGUGUCAUUUUUAGCCUGGAUAAUUGAAGGUGAGGAUGAAAUUAUUAAAUCAUGAUGAUGUAAUUUUUGUCACUGAAAAUUAAAAUUCGUUAAUACCUCGGUGGCAAAUGAUUCGACAUAACUAAAAGGACAUUGGUAUACAACGAGCUCAAACCUAUAAUCAUCCUCAAAAGAUCUGUGUAGUACUACAACAUAUACAUAACAAACAUUUAAUCAUCUGUAUAGUCGUAUGAGUUAAUUUUUUUUCCUGUUGUAGAUAAGGAGACAAUUUUCAGUAGAAUGAAAGUUCCGUGCAAUCACAAAAUUUUGCUUUCUUUAAUUUUUCACUGUGUGUUCUGUGGGAACAAUGUCGUUUGAGUGGAUAAUAUACCAAGCCCUGAAAGACCGCGACAUAUAAGCAGAUUACAUCGUUUUCAAGUUUUAUUCCAUUCAAGGAUCACGCCGGUGAGCCAAAUCUCCUCUCGAAACUGAUAUUAUAUUACCCACCACGGGAAAUGUUAUUUCAGUAAUUAUCUAGCCAAGUAUUUUUUUUUCACCCAGACGAGGCCAUCCAUGAGGGUCCGGAAGUGCGAAAUACCGUAUUUGUUCUGAUCAACAAAUUGUGUGGGUAGCCUGUGCUUACAGUUAGAGCGUCAGUGUUUCAUUUCUCGUAGCCAAUAUUGUAAUCAGAAGGGGAGAGGGGACAGCAGGUCCAGUUCCCUUUUUUUCUCCCCUUACCCCUAAGUUACGAAGGAUUCUAUACAGUUGGAAAUAGUUCGCGAGGCUUGCGAAUGAACGCGGUGCAGAAAGUGUGUCUCGUCUUGAGCUUUCACUAAUUAAAACGACGCGUGCUCAUUUUCAAAACGAAAAGCGACUGUUAGACAGGAUACGACUGGGGGCAGGCCGAAGGGUAAGCAAAUGGAGAAAGGGUCUAGUUUGUAAUCCAUUGUGCGAUAUAGCCUUGUAAACCGGCGAAAACUUGUGUCGAGAUGUUCAUUCUAUUUCACACUAUUCAAGUAAAAGUUCACAGAUUUAACUUACAGACUUCCUUGAAUAAUAUGAAUAGUCAAUUAAUUAAGAUAAAACAAAUUAAUUCGUAUAUUGAAUAAUUGUGUGGUGGCCAAAGUAGAAUUUGCUUUCGAGUUAGCCACCACCUACUUAAGAAUAAACAAAAACACACUGAUCUAAGGGCCUAAGAUUUGUUGUGUGUAAAAAAAUUGCUGCUCUUUGUGUGAAAGGAUGAAAGGGUCUUUCACUGACUAACACAUAAAAAUUAUUAUUUAUAUAGGAGGCAUAAAAUUAGGCCCGAUUCAGAAGCCGAACUUUUCAUGAGCCGAACCUAAUACAUUGAAUUAAGUACAUGAAAAGUUAGGCGUCUGAAUCAAUUAGGAACGCCUGUUUCAAUUUGGAACGGCUCAGUCGGUCUUUUCUCCUAGCCUGGCCGAGAAUUUCGCCUUUGGAGCGACUUUGGAACGGCUUUGGUUCAGACGUCGAACUUUUCAUGUACCAAACCUAAUGCAUAAAUUAUUACAACGUAUUCGGUAAGCAAUUUGACCGAAAUUAACAUUUUUCGACUUUUGAACUUAGUUCAGCUGCAAUUAAGAUAGGCGUCUGAAUCAAUUCAGCCGGUUCGUGCAUGCAAAGGAAACUCCAACAGCUGUAUGGACUGCUGGUCCCGUGUGCUGGUCACUAUUUCCGGAACAAAUGGAAAUAAGCUUGAAAAACUCUACCCUGUCUACAACCACCCCAUCUUCUAAACAAAAUCAAUUUGUUUGAGGGGAGGGGGAGGCUAUUUACACCGGACCGGAUGGCAGCUUUUGCACCGACACGAAAACCAAACAGGAUAGGGUCUCUGUUCACACAUGAGAACGGUGAUUUCGGCUGAUUUCUGCAACGAAGCGAAGCUGCCACGCCGCUCUGAUCUCUAAAGUGGAGAGUCACAUAUCAUAUCGGAUAGGUGUUUAUAUACACUACACCGGAUACGACGGAAAAGCUAGCCGGCAUUAUAAAUAUGAACAUAGCCUUAAUCUUUGCCAGAUUUCUUUGGCACGGGGGGGAGGGGGGUACUCCCUUAUAAGGGCUUAAUGGGGACGUGCGGCCAGCCAGGGUAUGUUUUUCGGGAUUUUUGUCUUAAACAGGGUAUCGAUUUUAUCAUUUUUUGUCUUAAACAGCGUAUCUUUUUAAAUAGUUUCGUGAUUGCCAAUGGAGUAAAUAAGAAAGAGUUUCGAUAUUUAUUAUUGUUUUACACAGGGUAUGGUUUCGGGUUAAAUGUCUUAAACAGGGUCCCGUGUCCCGGGUCACAGGGCCCCGGGGGGCAUGUGGCCCCUUUUAGCUUUCUUAACUUUGUUUUUGCUGUUACUGUUUUUGUUUUUCUUCUACUAGACUGUUUUUUCCCACUUCUCCGAUUAACAAAAUACCCAAGGUUACAUGUUCGCGACGUAGUUCAGUUUUUCUCUUUGCCCAUUUUCCUUGCAGCUCAGAAAGUUCUAAAAAUAAACAAGAACCUCAUCGAAAAGAAACGAGGAGAAUGCGUCGAUUUUCGGGCUGAACAUUACUUCGCGCUCAACUCAUCGUCUACAUUCGUUUGGAAAAAACAGCAUACCUCGAGAAUGGUUGAAAAUGAUCGCAUUAGUAUCUCAGGAAAUCGGAGAACGCUUCGAAUAACACAUCUAACAGAGGCGGAUACGGCGUUAUACUCAUCCGAGGUCGUGACAACAGGGGGCCUGGAAGUGACCCAAUACUGGCUGGUUGUUCGAGGUGGGUGGUGGUCUGCUCUUUACAUUUUGUUUCAUCACGCAACCCUUCUUCCCUUCAAAGAGAAACUGGGGGUGGCCACUUCUUUAGGGUGGACCAUUAUUUUUUGACGGGGGAGGGGAGGUUGGAAAAUUUUGAAAUAAAUUGUUUGCAGAGGCUGUAAACACUGAAAUAAAUUUUAUGCAAGUAAAAACAAAGUGUUCGCAGGAAGACGGAGAGUCAGUAUGACCCGCUUAUAAAAAAGUGUGUAUAUGUGAAAAUUUUCCACCCCCUCAAAAAAAUAAUGGUCCGUCCCUUAUUUGGCCGAGUAAGUGGCGCAGAACAGGGUAUGGUUUUCAGGGUACUGAGUUUUAAACAGGGUACAUGUAUAUAAUUUUAGUAUUCAGCGUCUUGAAAAGGGCCGUGUUCUGGAGCGGAAGCCUUUAAGAGUGUGUGAAGGCUGCAGAUGAACGGUCUACAUCUGUGGCACCGCUUCUGCAGCACACCUCUACCCAAACUUCUCUUGAGUGCCCCCGCCCCCCCCCCCCCCCCCCCCCCCCCCCCCCCCCCCGCACCAAACCCAAAACCUAUCCCUUUUUUUGUGAGACCACAGCACCCCCACAACAAAACAAUAAUUUUUUUUAUUUAAAAUAACAACCAUAAAAACAGACGGGCAGGAAAGGAGAGAGAAUCUGGUGGUGGGCGACGACAUUUGUUCAGUGUCUUGGAAGGGGUCUUGUUGUGAAGCGGAGGGCUGUGAGAGGGUGGGGAGGGGGCGGUUUUACGGCCUCCUUUGGGGCGCCCCUUUUGGCGCCUCCCCCCACCCCAACCUUUUGGUGGUGGCCCCCCCCCCCCCCCCCCCCCCCCUUCCCCUCGCCGCGUAGUAGAACAUCUAAAACGAUUUCUCAUUUUGUGGAAGAACCGGACCUUCUCACAGGAAAUCUAUAGUUAUUUCUAUAGAUAUAUCUAUAGAACACCUAUGGUAGACUCCCACGCAGACGUUUCGUCACGUGUUCCUUCCCCGCGAACGUCUUCUUUGGAAUUCUAGAAUCUGUGAUUGGUCGAGUUUUUUUGAACCGCUGUUUCAGCAGACCUCGUGGGGGAUGGAGGAUUGUGUAACGAGCGAAAAGAACGUCUGCGUGUGAGGCAAUACCAGUAGGGGUGUUCUUUUUCCCCCGUUUAGAAAUCAUAGAAAUUAUCGCAAUAUCAAUUUUUAGUAAAAUCCAACUAGUGGUCUAUUAUCAAUGCUACGUUCUGAUUGGUUAAGCUACUACUAGGCUAUAUAUAUAUAUAUGUUAUAGCCCACUAGUAGCGCAAAGCGCCGGCUUUGAAAACCAAAACAAUGGCGGCUGAAUCGCGUUUUGUCUCGAUAUUCGUUUUAGUUGUUUUGUCUCGAUAUUUUUGACCAACUAGUUGGAUUUUACUAAGACAAUUAUUCCUCUUGCCCUCAUGGCCUCUGAGUCAAUAGCCCAUGAAGCCGAAGGCUGAGUCAGAGCCCAUUCGGGCUCGAGAAAUAACUGUUAAAUAGUUUGCUAUAUAAAUGACAGUCUCCUCGAUGAUAUUCUCCUUCUCCCAGGUUUUGCUAUCAAAAGCAGCUUAAGUUUCACCUUUAAUUCUCUGUAAUAGUGCUUUUCUUCGCUCUCUAGGCUGUGAAGUUAACGAGAAAGAGACUGAUUUAAAAGGUUGUGAAAAAGCCUGCCAAGGUUAGUAAGAGAGCAUCAGUUUCCCCAACCUUUCCUUUUACUUUGUAAACUCUGUGAGCGUAUAGUGCAGUAUUGGCGGUAUGAAUUGCGAGCACAUAGUCAACACUCCUACACUACAAUCACGGCAGAUGCAAGGUAACAUUGCGUUUACAGAUCAACCAGAUUCAAAGAUAGGCUUCUCCUGUUUUAGGCUGUCAGAGAGCACGCACGGCCCAGCCUAAAAAACAGGCGCUACUUAGCCGAGCGCGAAGAGCGAGAGACAAGCGUGGGGGCGCCGACAGGCGAGGGUUCUCUUACCCUCGUCUUGCGCUCCGCGCUCAGUUGAAUAACGCCUGUAAUUCAGGCUAGGAUGGGGCGAAGUGAAGAAGGGAGAAGAAAAAAGAAGGAAUUGCCGCGCCCCACUAUCUGAACACUAGGAUUCGGGUUGUCUCCUUAGGCAAUAAACUUUGCUCCACAUAGUCUUCCUACCUCUUUUCAUCCAGCUUUUUAGCUGGAUAAAUGCGGGACACUGCUUCAUGGUGCUCGACUAAUGGGCCUCUACCUAGAGAAUUUAUCUAUUCGACAUACCUUUGUAGCAUUAAGAUUAGCACCUGACUGAUCGUAUUUCUUUCAUAUUUUUCAAAGCGGUGUGUGUGAAAGACUGGCAUCAUUUCAAUGGGAAAUGCUUUCGCUACUUCUCCAGUCCAAAGACCUGGCUGAACUCUUAUUACUACUGUCAGGCAGCUUUUAGAGCUAAACUCGCGACAAUUGAAAGUAAAGAGGAGAAUCGGUAAGAAAGCAGCCUAUGGCCUUCAAAUCUGCCCCCAGGGUCUCUAGUCUACCUGUCCCUUGGACUAAAGAUGAACGGUCCUGCGACGGAAAUGACGUCGUGCGACGGCCUUGUGUGUAAACAAACGUAUGCCCGAACGAUUUUUUUUCAGAGGUUUUUUUUCCGAAACUUUGCUUAAAGGAAUUCCCCUGAAGGCAGUACAGUUUUUUUGCUCGUUUGACGUAAUUAAGCAUAACGACCAUUUGAGAUCAACAGAGUGGGGACUAGGGCAAAAAGGCAAAUGGGGCUUAAGCACUAAAGGUAUACCUCAGUUAACGCCAGUAAGCAAGUAUGUAAGUCAGUCAGUCAGUCAGUCAGUCAGCCAGUCAGUAAGUAAAUAAGUACGUAACAAAGUCAGUCAGUCAGUCAGUCAGUAAGUAAGUAAGUGAGUCAUUCAGUCAGUCAGUCAGUCAGUCAGUAAAUAAGUAAGUAAGUAAGUAAGAAAGAACUUUAUUAUAGUGUCGAGGUCGCUAGCAUACAAUGUGCUCUAAUUGGGGACACCUAACUACAAUUACUUAUCCAAUGGUCAAUGAAAUAACCUAAUAAUCAAUAAAAUGUGAAAUAUAUGUCCACAUGUAAAAUCAGUUAUUAGUUGUUACAUAAAAAACAUUCUUUACAAGUGCUGUCCAGCAGGUUUGUUAAUUUAACCAGUUUAAUACAAGCGUUUUGAAAAUGCUCAUUGAUUCAGUUGAUCGAAUAGAUCUAUCGAGUUUGGACCAAAUGACAAGGCGUAGGUAGUUCGAACGGCUCCAGUGAAGGUAUCCUAAUUUGUUUUGUUAUUUAUUUUUCAAUUUGAAGCUUUGUUGGCAGUCUUCUAAAAUCAGGCCAUGGAGCCUGGAUAGGUUUAAACGACAGAAGCAAUGAACACAAAUUUCUUUGGAACUACAACAGAUAUGAGAAACCGAGUCUUUUCUUCUGGGACAAGAGCGAUCCAAAGAACCCUGAGCCAAAUAACUUUAACGGUCAUUGUAAUGUUGAAACCUGCGUGGAGAUGAAAUACUCAAACAAGAAAUGGAACGACGUGGUUUGCAAAGCUCAUAUAGCUUAUGUAUGCCAGAAGAAUUCUAAAACAGGUGCGAUAUAUGAAUUAACGAAGAAGGAGAAUUCAAACACCAGAAAGCUCAGAAAAAUUUCGCGAGCUCUAAGUAAGAAUCGAACUCACGACCCUCCGAGUUCUAGUUCGGACGCUCUAACCACUGAGCUACUGGAACUCUAAUGGCGAGCAGAAUCGGAAGAGAUAAAGCCAAACUAUUUGAUCGAUAUGGCCUUCUCGACACACCUGUAAAAAAAAGAGACAGCCAAACAAACGUCAUUGAGAAAGGGUGACACUUAAAUUCAUCUGGUUGCUUUAUUUUCAAAAAAUCUAAACGUGUUUUUGCAUCAGUUGAAUUCCAAAAAAUAAUAGUCCAGUAUUGUUAUUUAGGGCUAUCUUAAGGCAUUGAGACAACCUCGUUCCCAGGUUCUCUCUCCUCUCUCUCUCUCUCUCUCGCUUCGUAGGGACGGGUAGGAGAGAAUCCUGAGAACGAAGUUGGCAUUGAAACUGUUUCCUAUUGUCUGUUGCUAUGGAUGGCAACGAUGGACAUCGCCUAGUUUCAAAUCGAGAGGGGCUGGGUACGAGUCGAUUUAUUAAUUUAUUAACUUUAUUAUUAUUAUUAUUAUUAUUAUUUAUUAUUAUUAUUAACACAUAUCACACACUGGAAGAAAAAAUACACAAGAACAUCCAAAGCCGGGGGCUUAAAUGGCUCAGCAAAAAAAAGACGUGAACAAUUUACAGGAAUAGAAGAAGGCUUUAACUAAAAUAAUUACAAUACAAUUAUUAGAUAAACAAUACGAGACCCAUAUAGUCAGAAAGAGCACACUGAAAUUAGCAGGAUUCUGAAGUUUUGUGUUUAUCGGGCCUAUAUUGAACGAGAUACGAUACAUCCAUUCAAAAACCCCAAAAUUUACUAUUAUGGAAAUAUAUAGACGUCCGGACGACCAUACAUCUCUUAUAAAUUUUCAAGUUUAUGUAAAUAGCUGUAUCUUGUUCAAUAUUGGCCCGAUCGACACCAAACUUCAGAUUUUUAUAACCUCAAUGUGCUCUUUCUGACUAUGCUGGUGUUGUGUCGUUUAUCCCAUAAAAAAAACCGCAUUAAAAAAAACCGACUCGUACCCAACCUCUCACGAUUUGAGACUAUGCAAUGGAUUGAAACUUGAAAAAGUUGGGCUAAGUUUUAAUGCUAUGCCUGCUAAAACCACCCAAAAGUUAUUAUCCAAGAAAGAGGUCUGUGUAACCCGAACUAUCGCGAUUACCGCCUCUAACUUUAGUUCUAUCUCGUUCCCAGAUCUCUCCGGAUGGAGGUGCCAGAAUGGAAAGUGCUACUUGUAUGUCCGCGAUACAGUCACAUGGGACUGGGCACAACAACGCUGCCGAAGCAGGAAUGCUACUUUAGUAACGAUAUCGAGUUCGUCAGAAAACAGUUUUGUUGCAAGUUUGAUAGAAACCAACAUCUGGAUUGGACUCAACGAUAGAGUAGAGGCUGGUACGUGGGAUUAUUUGGGCUUCAUAAACCAACCUGUUAUAUUUUUAAGAUAUAUAUUUGGUGGCAUGUUAUUUGAGACACAUGUAUCCGGAUGUUUUUUCAAGAUGGCAACCUCGUUCCCAUGUUGUCUCCCUUACCCGUCGAAGAAGAAGUAGGAGACGACCCUGGGAACGAGGUUGUUCACGAUGGCUGCUGCCUUACGACGCAUACUCUGUUGUCAAUAUUCCCAGAGGUGUCCUGGGUACUAGAUUGAAUCCGGAUACGUGUCGGAUACGUGUGGACGUGGAAAUGUUUAUAAUCCGAAAAGAAAAGUUGCGGAUUUAAACAGUUUCCGGAUACGAGUGGACGGGGCCUAUAAAUCUUAGCCUCCUACGCAGACGUUCUUAGGCCUUUGUCACGCGUUCCCUCUCCACGCGAAUGUUCGUGGGGGAGGAACUCUUGACGAAGGCUUAGGAACGUCUGCGUGGGAGGUUAGAACAAUCUACGAUUGUUUGCUAAACGUUCGGUGGUUUUAAAGCUAUUAGAAAACCUGUGGAAUAACUUGUUCAUUUGUACUGAGACGUCAUAAUUAUCAUCAUUUUCCCCAUCAUCAUUAUCAUCAUCAUCAUCCUUAACAUCAUCUUACUCCUUUAUAUUUGCAGUAUAUAAUGUUUCUAUCCAUACUAUUAUAGGUUUGAGAACCAAAUACAGUUUUAAUUGUGUUUUCACAGGAUUAUACGUCUGGAAUGAUAUUGGCCAAGGUCAGUUCAGCAAAAGACCCUCUUACCUUAACUGGGAUAUCGGAGAGCCAAACGAUCGACAUUACGACCCUUUUCAAACUCCUCAGAGAUGUAAAGGAGAAGAUUGUGUUCAGAUCAAGAGUUGGAAAGACGUUGUUAGUUGGUUUGACUUGAACUGCAACAUUGAGUUGCCCUUCAUUUGCGAAAAGAGUCGAGGUAACCGAACGUUAUUUAUGUUAAGUUGUAAAAUGCUUAACGAAGUGCGCGAAAUCAUGGUUAGAACCAGCUCGUUACAUUAGAACUACUACGUUAGUUACGGUUUCUGUGCCACACUUAGGUGUAGUGUGAACAGGUUUUAGGACCGCAGCGGAAGUGAAUGAGUAAGAGCCAGGACGGGAACCCACUGAGACGGAAGUAUUCCGGCAGAGGAGUGAUAAUAGUGUACCAAGCCCUCUCGACCAACAAUUUUCGACGAACAAUUUGCUCCGGCUCUGGUCUGUUUCUGUUCAUACCAGGCCAGAGUAUUUUUCAUGUCAAAAUGAAAAGAUAUCCGGUUAUAUAGUGUCUGUAGUGUACACUCAGCUUAAGUUAGCUACCACAGCAGUCUAAGAUAAAUCGAACCAUGAAAAAAAGCUUGCUCUAACUCAUUUUCCUUUCUCUGGUUAUUUUCAGACCCAUAUUUAAGCUUUGCUGCGUGGAUAGCUAUCUCCAUGGGAGCUGGACUUAUAUUAAGCAUAUUUGGAGGACGAGCUUACAUGGAGUAUAAAACGCGGAAAGGACGGAAAGAACUCAAGCAGCUAAUAGUAGAAUCCGGGGAUUAA